UUAACCACCUGUGAGUUAUGUAACUUAUCCACAUUAACCAGCUGAUAACCACCUGCAGCUCUGAGAAGUGAUACAUCUUCUCUCCCUGAACCAUCUGUUGCUGGUGAAACAUCUGUGGCCUUAUUUACUAACUCCUCCUUCUCUCUGUGGCCAGGGUGUGAGGGCGAGGUGGCCGGGGUGAGGCCAUGGGGUGCUGGACACGUAGCUGGGCCACCCUCCGUCGGGAGUUUAAGCUGAGCAACUUCAAGCUUGACCAUCCAGAACCUCAGCUCUUCCUUGCCUCCGAGUGGCAGAGUCAGCCUGUGAGCGAGGUGAAGGUGUGGUAUGUGGUGUACAGGUGGGUAUGGGCGCUAUACCACGUCUCCUGGUGGGCGGCGAACCUAGCCUUUGAAGGUAACCUCGACGCCACCAUCCAACGGAAAGCCUACCACUUCAUCUACCUCACCAACUGGGCCUACCUCAGCAUAGCGAUCAUGAACGUGGUACAUGCGUGUAUAAUGACGAGCAGCUGGUUGCGGUACAGGCGGACGGUGCAGCUGCCCAAGACCACCACAACACAGCUCAAGGUGUUGUGGGUGCUGCAGAAUAUUGUUUUCCCUCCUGCCCUUCUCAUCUGCAGCUUAUUGGAGUGCCAUAUACAACCCAGCAUCCCCAUCACAGCACUCAAUCUACCUCUCCUCUAG